AUGCUGGCAAGCGGUGUCCCCCGAGCAGGUGCCUGCAUCUCCAGCUGCUUGUCCGAGCUGUCAGACCUUCCGAGGUGGCAAAAGGCGCUACUCGCCGGUUGUGGUCUUGCGGUCGCCGGCGCUGGCUUGUACAUUGCACAAGCAGGCGAUGCCUACCAGGUCGAAGACGUCAAUCGCUUCUACCAAGUCGUGGAUCCCGACAUGGGCAUCAAUCUGCGCGCUGAGCCAGACACCUCUGCAGCGGGCACCGCAUAUGUCCUCAUACCCGGCGAGGCGUUUCACGUAUCUCGCGUUAUCCGACAUGGAGGCCAAGAGUACCUCUACCUUAGCGAUGGGCGCGGGUGGGCCUUUACACGGAGCAAAACCGGUGCACUGAUCUGUGAGGGAUGUACUGAAGAGGAGGUACAGAAAGCAGGAGGCACUGCCUUGGAUCAGGUGGAGGCAAUGCUAAGGAGCAACCUUGUGCUUCAGAAGCAGCUCGAAACUUCGGAGACAUCAGAGGAUUCCCUCAGGCAGAUGGCCAAGAGGGUGCUGCUUGCAAAAGAAGAGAUGCCAAGCUGA